ACAUGGCGGACGCCACAACACCAGGCUUGUCAGCCCCACAUCCUGAAAGAUGUGCAUUUUAUGUGGAAAGGAAAAAACGGUUCUGUAAAAUGCAAGUUGGAAGUGGAAGAAGGUUUUGUGGGGAGCACGCACAUGCGGAAAAGGAAAGCAAGAAAAGAAGAAUAUCAUGUCCUCUUGAUCCAAAACAUACUGUAUUUGAAGACCUUUUGGAAAAACAUCUGAAAAAGUGCAACUCUAGAGAGAAGCCCAGACCUGUUUAUUAUGCGCAAGAUAUUAAUGCAGGACCAGUAUGUGAUGAAGGCAGUUCCAGUUGUGAGGUGCCUUUAACGGAUCGCAGUAACACGGAGUUGGACUUGCUUUUGAAAAAAUUGAGGAGUGCAGUGAAAGGAUUAAAAUUGGAACAUCAGGAUAGCAUACAGUCUCACCCUUCUCUCAUUGAAGCUUUGAAUGAUCCAAAUAAUGGUGACUUUGCAUGCAAACACCUCAAGCAGCAGGCAUCCCUUUUAGGAAACAUGGAGGCCUUAAACCUACUUGGACCCAACCAGUGUUUUGUCGAGUUCGGAGCUGGAAAAGGAAAGCUGUCCCACUGGAUACAUGUGGCCUUGAAAGCAAAUGACAAUAUUCAUUUUUUACUUGUUGAGAGAUCAAGUUCUCGUUUCAAGGUUGACGGCAAACACCAAAGUACUGAUGCAAAAUUCCAAAGACUACAAGUCGAUAUUCAACACCUGGAUUUAAGCAAAGUUCCCAUCCUCAGAGAAAAGGGACUUCCAGUGGUUGGCAUGGGUAAACACUUGUGUGGUGCAGCAACAGAUCUGGCUCUAAGAUGUCUGCUGGAGCGAUCAGGAAAAACUCAUCAUGGGAUGGAUGACCAGCCACCCAGAAAAAUGUGUAAAUUUCUGCCUCUACCCAUAGAGGAUUUAGAACCAGAUGACAGAGCUUUGAAUGGCGAGGUCAAAGUAUCUGGAAUAGCCAUUGCCUUAUGCUGCCACCAUCGCUGUGACUGGAGGCACUAUGUGGGAAAGGAGUUCUUCAGAGAGCGAGGAUUAGGUGCUUCAGAAUUUGAUGCUUUCCAGCGCAUGUCAAGUUGGGCUACCUGCGGUAUAAGAAAGGCCAAAGAGAGUCCUAUGCAGCCAUGUCAAAGUGACCAUACUACUGAGAAGUCAACUAAGGGAGAGGAUGGAAACAGCUUGAAGGAAAUCUUAUCAAUUGAGGAUCGUGAACACAUAGGCAGCCUCUGCAAACUGCUAAUUGACCAAGGACGGGUUCACUUUCUGGAGCAAAAAGGAUAUAAAUCCAGUCUGCGCUACUAUACCAGCAAAGAUGUAUCUUUAGAAAAUGUGUUGCUUACUGCAUUACCUACCUUUCCACUGUGAGGUGGCAGCAUGCUUGUGCAAUGACAUAUUUGGCAAUAUGACUAAACAAAUUU